GUCACUCCUCAGUUGUCACUCCUCAUUGUCACCCCUCAGUUGUCACCUCUCAGCGUCUCUCCUCAGUUGUCACCUCUCAGGGUCUCUCCUCAGUUGUCACCUCUCAGCGUCUCUCCUCAGUUGUCACCUCUCAGCGUCUCUCCUCAGUUGUCACCUCUCAGGGUCUCUCCUCAGUUGUCACUUCUCAGGGUCUCUCCUCAGUUGUCACCUCUCAGGGUCUCUCCUCAGUUGUCACCUCUCAGCGUCUCUCCUCAGUUGUCACCUCUCAGGGUCUCUCCUCAGUUGUCACCUCUCAGUUGUCACCUUUCGGUUGUCACUUCUCAGUGUCUCUCCUCAGUUGUCACCCCUCAGUUGUCA